AUGACAAUCGGCGCAUCCGGCCAGGUCUGUGCUAGUACCCAGUCUGGUCGAGCCUCCCAGAACCUUGCAGCGGUCGUGGGAGCAUUUGCUAGAGCGUUCGAGAACGGCGAGAUCAGUCUGCCUCAGGUGAAGGAGGCGCUCGACGGACUAGCUGUGUCCUCGGAUGAAGAAGAGAGCGACGCCGUCGACCUUUCCUUUGCAAUCACCCUAGAGAGUUGGACAAGAGAUGAAUUCAACACCCCACUUGUUCCAUAUGCGCGCUUCUCCGUUUGGGCAGCCGCGGAGGUCUAUUCCCUUCAAACGCAGGAUGCUAUCUCCUCAUUCAAGAGCGGUGCCCGAGCCCUGCUCAUCAGUGCUCAGCCGACAUCUGCAGAACUCAUUGAUGCUUCGCCAGAAAAGUACUGGAAGAAUACAGAAAAUUGGGCUUCGUUUAAAGACACCGCAACCGGCGCCUUGUGUUUGUCCGUUCGUGGAACUGCGACAAGCGGGUUCCUCCAAUCUUUUGCGGACAACAUGACCAGUAUCGAUGCCAACGCCUACAAUACCACUCUCUUUGAUAACAAGGUUCACCGAGGCUUCCUCGACGUUGUGCAGGCCGUGUAUUCCGACGUCAGACUCAUUCGGCAGGAGGAGGAACAGCCUUCCUCUUGUAUUGCCUCUUUCACUCUAAAGAUAUUGGCCUUUUCAACAAAUGCAGUCGAUGCCGUGCACUGCAUCACCUUUGAUUCUGCGGCUAUCGCAUCUGUCCCUAAUCCUAUAUCAUCAGGAUGCCCGACCAACCGUGUCAUCUUUUUUGUCAAUCUGAAAGAUCCUGUUCCCCGUGCCGAUCUCGCCUACGCACUCUGGGUGGUGGAUGCUCUUGGGAAGUACCUAACGCGGAUCACGGACGAUUCAAAAAUGCCUGCAUAUACUCCCUUGCCGCCGCAGCUGCUAUUUCCUGGUGGAGAGAUGGUCCUGCUUGAUGGGGACGGGGAUGCAGCGGAAAAUCUGACGCCCAGCAUGCUUCAAAGUCUCGCAUUUCUUGAUCUGCAAGCGCACGGUAAGAAGGAGUAUGUCCGAGUGGUGCAGAGUGUGUUUGCAUCACUGAAGUGA